AUGGAGGUAGCACAGGUUCUACACAUGAACGGGGGUGUCGGUGACGCAAGCUAUGCUGACAACUCUCUUGUUCAGCAAAAGGUGAUUUGUUUGACAAAGCCAACAAGAGAGGAAGCCAUAACUAGCCUCUAUUGCAGCACGCUCCCCAAAAAUUUGGCAAUUGCAGAUUUGGGUUGCUCCUCAGGACCAAACACUUUGUUUGUUGUGUCCGAACUCAUCAAAACUGUGGAGAAGCUUUGCAGACAGCUGAACCAUAAAUCUCCAGAAUACAAGGUGUUUCUGAAUGAUCUCCCUGGGAAUGACUUCAACAACAUCUUUAAGUCCCUUGACACCUUCAAAGAGAAAUUGUGUGAUGAAAUGGAAGAUAGGAUUGGUCCAUGCUACUUCUCUGGGGUUCCCGGUUCUUUCUAUGGCAGGGUUUUCCCAAACCGAAGUUUGCAUUUUGUUCAUUCCUCUUACAGCCUUCAAUGGCUAUCUAAGGUUCCUGAGGGUGUAGACAACAACAAGGGCAAUAUUUACUUAAGCAGAACAAGCCCAUCAAAUGUUGUGAGAGCUUACUAUGACCAAUUUCAAAGAGAUUUCUGUCUUUUUCUCAAGUGUCGAGCAGAGGAACUUGUUGAAGGAGGUCGUAUGGUUCUCACAUUUUUGGGAAGAAGAAACGACGAUCCAUGCAGCAAGGAUGGUUGCUACAUCUGGGAGCUCAUGGCUACUGCUCUUAAUGAUAUGGUUUUACAGGGAAUCAUAAAGGAAGAGGAAGUAGAUAGUUUCAACAUCCCUCAAUACACUCCAUCCCCAUCUGAAGUGAAAUUGGAAGUUCUUAAAGAGGGAUCAUUUGCGAUCAAUCGUGUACAAGUCUCUGCAGUGAACUGGAACGGUUUUGAUGAUUGGAACGCUCUUGACUUUGAAUCUGAAAGGUUUGAGUCAAUUGGUGAUGGUGGAUACAACGUGGCACAGUGCAUGAGGGCUGUGGCAGAACCCAUGCUGGUUAGCCACUUUGGUGAAGAUAUCAUUGAAGAGGUUUUCAGCCGCUACCGGGAAAUCUUGGCUGAUCGAAUGUCCAAGGAAAAAACUGAGUUCAUCAAUGUCACCGUAUUAUUGACUAGAAAAGAAUAA